CGUUUAAAGAAAAAAAAGGAUGAGCUCUGCGGUACUGUAAGAAGACUCCUUCCUUUGGUUAGGGACCGACUCAAGCUGGCCAACUCGGGCCGAUCCAAACGUCUCUUAUCGCCAGAGACAUCGCAUCUAGGCUUCCCCACACGAGAACCAUCUUCGGCUAACAGAUUAUCUGCUUAAAGAGAGAUGCUACAGUGUAUAUUUCUUCUCUCCGAUUCUGGGGAGAUAAUUCUAGAGAAGCAGCUAACUUGGCACCGCGUGGACAGAUCGAUUUGUGAUUGGUUUUGGAAUCAAGUUAUUUCUCAAGGUGAUUCCUUUAAGCAACAACCAGUUAUUGCUUCACCAACGCAUUAUCUGUUCCAAAUUGUUCGUGAGGGAAUCACUUUUUUAGCUUGUACCCAAGUUGAAAUGCCACCUUUGAUGGCCAUUGAGUUCCUUUGCAGAGUGGCUGAUGUUCUCUCUGAUUACCUUGAAGGGUUGAAUGAAGAUUUGAUAAAGGAUAACUUUGUUAUUGUGUAUGAGCUUUUGGAUGAGAUGAUAGACAAUGGUUUUCCUCUGACCACAGAACCUAACAUACUGAGAGAGAUGAUCUCUCCACCAAAUAUUGUUAGUAAAAUGCUGAGUGUUGUGACUGGAAACAGUUCAAAUGUGAGCGACACCCUUCCAGGUGCAACAGCUUCCUGUGUUCCAUGGAGAACAACUGACAUAAAAUAUGCUAACAAUGAAGUUUAUGUUGAUCUUGUUGAAGAGAUGGAUGCAAUUAUAAACAGGGAUGGGGUCUUGGUGAAGUGUGAAAUAUAUGGUGAAGUUCAAGUAAACUCCCAUAUCACUGGUGUUCCCGAUUUGACUCUUUCAUUUACAAACCCAUCUAUACUGGAUGACGUGAGGUUCCAUCCGUGUGUUCGGUUUCGACCUUGGGAGUCCCAUCAGAUCCUGUCAUUUGUGCCUCCUGAUGGACAGUUUAAGCUCAUGAGUUACAGGGUUAAAAUGUUGAAAAGCAUACCCAUAUAUGUAAAGCCACAACUUACAUCUGAUGCUGGGACAUGCCGUAUCAAUCUGAUGGUUGGAAUUAAAAAUGACCCUGGAAAGAUGAUUGACUCAAUAACUGUGCAGUUUCAUUUGCCUCCUUCCAUUUUAUCAGCUGACCUGACUUCAAAUCAUGGAGUAGUGAAUAUCCUAUCUAAUAAGGCUACCUCAUCAAUGUUUGACAAGAACAUACAAGAGGCUGGUAAAAUGAAGAAAAUAUUGAUGGAAUUAAAAAAAAAAAAAAGCAAAACAACGAGGAGUGAAUAAAAUAGACCUCCAGCAAAUCAACCAGCCACUUUGUUCGCUCUGAAGGAAUCCAUUACUUGACGAAGAUCGUUUUUCUCUUCCGCAAAUACGUCUUCUGGUGUUUGUAAUCUCAGCUCAUAUAACCUGUUAUUUUCAACUCCAAGAACUGACAGGUACCACCUACCAUUCCAGACGAACUACUCGAUCUUGCGGCAUGACAGCCAUUUAAUUGUUAUUUGCAUAAGACUUUUAUGUUCACCCGAUAACAUAACAACCUAAAAACCACAUACCAUUUUAAGUUUUGAAUCCAUUUCCAAGCUCAACUAGUAUGAUCAAAAGAUAAGCUUUUACAUUGUUA